UCCUUCUAAGUUCUCAGAACUUAUUUUAAACAGAUGCCUUGCACCAUCAACUCUCUAUCUCUAUUAAACCCCCGCCCCCAACACCCCCUUUCACUUCUAUACACCAAAGCCACACAACAAUAAUGAAUAUUUUCCUGGCAAUCUUUCUCUUCCUCAUUCCCAUCUUCCUUCUCCUUGCAAGGGGAAGAAGAUCAUCAAAAAGGGUGCCUCCAGGGUCACUUGGAAUACCCCUUUUGGGCCAAAGCCUUGGCCUUCUUCGAGCCAUGCGUGCCAACACUGCAGAAAAAUGGCUAGAAGAAAGAAUCAGAAAGUAUGGUCCAAUUUCAAAGCUAAGCCUCUUUGGUAAACCAACAGUGUUCAUUUAUGGACAGGCUGCAAACAAGUUUGUAUUCACCAGUGACAGCAGCACAAUUGGUUACCAGCAAAAUCAGUCACUUCGAAUGAUUUUGGGCGAUCGGAAUAUUUUCGAGCUGAGUGGUGAAGAUCACAAGCGCGUUAGAGGCGCACUUGUAUCAUUCUUAAAGCCUGAAUCAUUAAAGCAGUAUGUGGGAAAAAUGGAUGGCGAAGUCAAGGAGCACCUUGAGAUGCAUUGGCAAGGCAAGCAACAGGUUGAGGUGUUGCCCCUCAUGAAGACCCUCACAUUCAACAUAAUUUGCUCUCUUCUAUUCGGAGUUGAGCGAGGAGCUCGAAGAGAUAAAUUUGUUGCUUGCUUCCAAGAGAUGAUAUUAGGGAUGUGGUCGGUUCCAAUUAACUUGCCCUUCACACGCUACAACCGCAGCCUCAGAGCAAGUGCAACAGUUCAAAACAUGAUUAAGGACCUCAUACGUGAGAAGAGAGUGGAAUUUGAGCAGAAGGGUGCUUCUCCUCACCAAGACCUUAUCACUUGUUUGCUUAGCAUGCGCAAGGAGGACAAUGAAGAAGUACUAACAGAGAAUGAGAUUGUGCACAAUGUCAUGUUUGUCAUGGUUGCAGGACACGAUACUUCGUCUGUUCUGAUGACUUUCAUAAUGAGGCUGCUAGCAAAUGAACCUACUGUGUAUGCAGAUGUUCUUCAAGAACAGGAAGAGAUAGCAAAGACCAAGCCCUCGGGAGAGUUUCUAACGUGGGAAGACUUAGCCAAAAUGAAGUACACCUGGAGAGUAGCAUUGGAAACAUUGAGGAUGGUUCCUCCUGUCUUUGGUAACUUUAGGAAGGCCAUGAAAGAUAUUGAAUAUGAUGGAUACCUAAUUCCUAAAGGGUGGCAAAUAUUAUGGGCUGCACUAAUGACCCAUAUGGACAGUAGCAUAUUCCCAGAACCAUCAAAGGUUGAUCCAAGUAGAUUUGAGAACCAAGCAUCGGUUCCACCCUACACGUUUGUUGCAUUCGGAGCAGGUCCUCGAAUAUGUCCAGGAUAUGAGUUUGCUAGAAUCGAAACCCUUGUCACAAUUCAUUAUCUAGUAACUCAGUUCACAUGGAAGUUAUGCGCAGACAAUUCUUUCAACAGAGAUCCCAUGCCAGUACCAACUCAAGGUCUACCUAUCAAACUUGUGCCAAGGAAACUACAUUAGCUCUGUAAAAUCUUUACUUUCAUGCUUAUCUAACGUUGUAUUUCUUUCAUGAGUCGUACUUACAUAAUAAGAAUAAUUGCAAAAGACUACAUAAA